CAAUAUCGAACAGUAUCUAUCCAAAUAAAAAUGAAGGUGGACGUAGAGUUGAUGUUCGAAUGUUUGAUGUACCUCAACGCUCACUACUAUCCAGUUUUUGCCAUAAGCGAAGCAUCCAUGACCAUCGCAAAACACAUCAGCGAAAAAAAACACACUCCGAACCUAGACAGAGAUGCUAUGGUGUGUUCGUUGAGGCUUUUCAUUGAACUGGCUAAGCUCAUUUUAUUCAAAAGGUACAAAGACGACCACAGAAGUAAAAAUAGUAACGGCCGUAGUAGUUUUUAUGACGAUGAUAACAGUGGGUACAGUUUAUUACACAGUAUUCGUUCAGGAUCCUACGCUGAAACUGGAAAACGUCUUCUCGUGCCUGACGAUCAUGUUGAUGAUAGUGGAACUAGUUUUUGGAAUAUGGUUCAUCAUUCCAUGUAACGAAAAAGUGGAAUACUACUACUAAAUAUUCGUUGUCGAACAAUAAAUUAUAUAGAAAAA